AUGGCAAGACAAAAAGUUAAACGCCUGCGAAAAAAUCGAUACAGAUCAGCUCAAAUUCUUGGUGGUGACGGCUACGACAGUGAUAAAGAGAAUGAGAGUCCAACGCCACCAACAAAUGAUGCACCAUCAACGUCUUCUCCAAAUACGGAUCCAACAACAACACCUGCUAACAACAGCACUUCAGCAUCAACAAUAACAGUCGAUGAGAAUCCAGUUGGUCGUCGACGAAAAUCAGAUGUCUGGCGUUAUGCUACGAAAACCGACGACGGCGAAACAGCUAAAUGUCAAUUAUGUGAUUUUACAUGUAAAACACCAUUACAUUCAACGACUCAUAUCAGAUGA